UGCAGACGAAGCUAAGCAAGUGAAGCCUGGAGCCGAGCGGCAGAGAGGAGGUGACAGCGGAGAAUGGAGAGCAGUCCGGCCGCGCGUCGAGCUUUGACCGCGGCCAGCGAGCACUACUCACCCGGUGUCCCUUUCCUUUACGGAGCCUGUGCGCUAUUGAACCGAAACGCGGGGAUUUAACUUGGGAGGCAACGGAAAGGAAUGGCCGACCCUCUGCGGAGGACUUUACUAGCAAAACUCCGGGGGAAGAAGUCCAAGAAAGGAGCUACAGUCGGCGGUGCUGGUGGUUACGACUCCACGGCUGCGUAUGGGGGCCGAGAAGGUAACGCAAAAGUUUUGAUAGACUGCGAGCAAGCGUAUCUCUCAAAGCUGGAUUGCACGACAGAGAGAAUGAGUACUUACGAGAAUUGUAGUGUGGAAGGUGCGCUGCUACAGACAGAGACAGGGGGAGUUGUGUUAGUAGCUACAACGCCGGAGUUGUCCCAAGCGAAGCCGACUCAGGAGGCGAGGAGCGUGGCCAGGCGUAAUGACGAGCGCACGGGGGUUUCGCUUCAAAAAGACGUUCACUUUGGGGUACACGUGCUAACAGACAGCGACGUGAGGCAUCAGGAGUUGAACAAAGUCACUAUAGCUUGGGGGAAGCAAUUUGUAUCUAGGCAGUGGAGCGGGGAUUCAAUAGGGUUCGGGGACAGCUCCAAUCCAGUUGUAUGCCAGACAGUGCGUUCUAACACAGGUGUAGUGACAGGGCAAGAGGGGAUAAGCAGAAUUGGACACAUAGACAUUGUACAAAACUCAUUGAUUUUUGACAGCAACACAACUUUGGACACAAACUCCCAUGUUCCCUUGCCUGCCAAUCCAGAGGAGCACAUCCUAAUCCACAACAUUGAAAGUUAUGAUCCAGAGUUUGGACCACCUACUCUACAAAGCCCCACAUAUUUCCCUACAGAGCUAGAAAUCUGUGACCUCAACAUGGCAUCUCUAUGUGGCACUGAAAGAUUAGAAAGUGAGGAUGAUGACUAUUACGACAAUGAAAUUUUGCCUUUUUAUGAAACUGUCAAGUCGAACUGUGCCUCUGAAAAAGUCAAGGGCAAAGGAGAGGUUAGUGACAGCGCAAUGCAGGAGACAGACAGGCUAAGAAACCAGCUUAAAGAGGCAUAUUACCUCCUUAUAAACGCAAUGAAUGAUAUUAACAUGGACGUCCAGCAAGUGACUAAUGGAGGGACCGAACAGCAGGUCAUGUCCUCCUGUAGCAGCCAUUCUAGGGACAGUCUUUGCUCGCGGCUAUCUGCUAAAAACAUGGACAGCGAUUCCUGGUCUUCUGGGGGAGAGCAGAGUCCACAACAGGUGUCGGACACAGACUCCCUCCUUCAGUGCGUGAAUGAGAAUCUCCAGGCAAAGAAGCAUGAACGCAAAGGUGAUAGCAAAAGCAUGGUCGAUUUGAACUCCAAUCUUAAGGCCAUAGAGUUACAACGCUCUGCUAGUGACGGAGCUAUCAGGUAUCCAGGAGGACCUUUAGUUUGCCGAAUACAAAAGGAGGAAGGUAGUAAGGAGAAUACAGAGUCAAAAGAUAAAGUUACAGCAGGAGUGGGUGAGAUUUCAGAAGGGCAGGUUUUUUACGAUGCUGCUAGCGGUGACGAGUUACCAAGAGAAGCCAAUGAGGAUGAGACUGUACUACGUGAGAGUAGUGGGUCUAUGAAUAGUCUAACAGGGUCCUCUGAUAGUAACACGGACACGCUUUCAAAAUCAGAAAUCAAGCAAGAAAUAAACUCAAGCCAAAUUCAAACUUGUGUCACCAAUAAGGGAAACGGUGUCACUGUGAACAAGAUGCAAGAGUGGAUGCACAAAGGUCGCCUGCUGUCUUCGGAGAUGAAACAGCGCAUUGAAGGAUCAUCUCCGCCUUUACCACGCACCAAAGUCCUGGAUAAAUCUGCUCCUCAAGCUGGGGUCAAACCAGUCACACCAUCCAAAAAGGCAAAAUCUUCGACAAUCAAGUCCCCAAGGCAGCCUUCCUCCUCCUCCUCUUCCUCUGCCUCCACGCAGCCAGCCUUUAUAGAGAACAUCCAGCCCCCCUCCUGCGCUAACAGCCGUGAGGGGGCCACAGAGACGUCAGGAUGGAGGCCUCCGCUCAACACCAUCACUGUGUCCAAGAAGCGCAACUGGCUGCAGCAGAGCUCACUGGGAAAGAGCCAUUUCAACAAGGAUGACACACAAGGAAUCAUGGGAGCUGAGGAGGAGGGGUCCCAUCUGCAGCACCCCUCGCCCAGCCCAUCUCCAGACCACCUGAAGAACACAGGAUCCGCCCCAUCACGCCCCGCUCGGCUGCUCCUGCCACAGGUCAACAUCGGUCAGGUCAGACUGUCCCCUCACCCACGCUGCGUUGACCUGAUGGAGGAAAACGAUGCGGACGAUGAGGGCGAUAUUUGGUACAACCCCAUCCCCGAAGAUGACGAGCCGGAUCACUCCCACGGCAGACCCUCCAUCAGGCUGCUGCGCCCACCCCGAGAGAGAGGGGGAGGAGUGGGGGACACCACAGAAGCACCCAUAGAAAACCCCAGUGCGGGAGACAGCUCUCAACAUUCCGCUGAGUCCGUACAUGUGCACAGGCAAAUACUGGCGUGCAAAAACCAGGAAGACUGUGGCCCCUCUGUCAGCAAACCCAUAGAUGGCCCUGAAAUCCCCAGCAUCUCUAUCGGCUUCUCUCCACCUUCAAGCCCUAACCCCACCAAGAAGAGCAGCGCCAUCAACUGGUCUUUCCCUGAUAAGAUCAAGUCCCCUCGCACCGUCAGGAAAAUCUCCAUGAAAAUGAAGAAGCUACCAGAACUUAGCCGCAAACUUAGCGUAAAGGGCCCAAGUAGUAGCAGCAGCAAUAACAGCAGCAAUGGAAACAACCAAUCAGAGCCUAGAUCCAGCUCACCUAAAAAUAAUGGGACCGAAGCUGUCUCCCAAACAUCUGGUCCACCACGAUUAUCUGCCCCCGGGGGUGGGCAGGCCAGUCGAAAUGUCAUCUCACGCUAUCAUCUAGACAGCAGUGUUUCAACGCAAGGUAGUUUUAGUAAGAAGAAAAGUAGCGGCAGUUCAAAAUCAGCUAGUAAAGGAGGAUAUCUAAGCGAUGGGGAUUCACCGGAGUUGGUAGCCAAAUCUGGAAAGCACGGUUCUUCAGAAAACAAAGCGGUGAAAAACAAGGAGACUGAUGGACGAUUAAAUAAUAUGGACUUGGAUAUAGACGCUUUCCGACAUUAUAGCUUCACUGAGCAGCCCAAGUGCAGCCAAUACAUCUCUGGACUUAUGAAUUUGCAUUUUUAUGGCGCAGAGGACUUGAAACCGCCGAGAAUUGACUCUCGAGAUGUUUAUUGCGCCAUUCAAGUGGACUCGGUUAAUAAAGCACGAACUGCCCUCCUCACAUGUCGCACUACCUUCUUAGACAUGGACCAUACUUUUAAUAUUGAACUAGAAAAUGCCCAGCACUUAAAACUGGUAGUGUUCAGUUGGGAACCCACGCCGAAAAAGAAUAAAGUCUGCUGCCAUGGUACGGUGGUUCUUCCUACGCUUUUCAGGGUUACUCGAACGCACCAGUUGGCAGUCAAACUUGAGCCACGUGGGUUGAUCUAUGUGAAGCUGAGUUUGAUGGAGCAGUGGCAGAAUUCGCUAGACGGUCCGGAUGGAGAUAGAGAGCCCGUGGUGUUUGGAGUGGAGGCCUGGCGCGUGGUGGAGAGGGAGAACACAGGACUUAUGGUGCCACUGCUCAUCAGCAAGUGCAUCAAUGAGAUCGAGAAGAGAGGAUGCCAGGUGGUGGGCCUUUACCGUCUGUGUGGCUCUGCAGCUGUGAAGAAGGAGCUCCGUGAGGCCUUCGAGAGAGACAGCCAUGGAGUGGAGCUCUGUGAAAACACCUAUCCAGACAUCAAUGUUAUCACAGGUGUACUGAAGGACUACCUGCGUGAGUUGCCCUAUCCCCUGAUAAACAAACCUCUGUAUGAAGCCGUGCUGGAGUCUAUGGCUCUGAGGCCUCUGCGGAUGGGCACCUCGGGCUGUGAGAAUGACCCGGCUGACUCAGAGCACACUGUGGGUCUACUGGACAUCCUGCCUGACAUCGAGAAGAUGACUCUCCAGAAGCUGUUGGACCACCUGAAGUUGGUGGCGUCGUAUCAGGAGGUGAACAAAAUGACAUGUCAGAACCUGGCCGUGUGCUUUGGGCCUGUGUUAUUAAGCCAGCGUCAGGAGGCCUCUUGUCACUCAAAUCGCGUCUUCAUCGACUCGGAGGAACUCGCCAGCGCUCUGCACUUCAAGAAGCACAUCGAAGUCCUCCACUAUCUGCUGCAGCUAUGGCCAGUUGUGGACCCCCAAGCCCAGUCAGCACAGCCCCCUGCAGAGACUGUGAGCACAGCCUCUUCUGACCUACUGUCUGCUCCUCCAAUCCGGCGGAGGAAGGAGCGCCCCCAGGUGUUGAACUUCACAGACGCAGAGAUGGCGGGUGUACUGAGGCCUAAACCAGGUCGACUGGACAGUCCCAGUAACCGGUACGCUGGAGACUGGAGCGGCUGUGGGGAGAACUACUUCCCUGUGGAGAUGCUGCCCCCUGUGUGUCGGGAGGAGGCAGAUUACGAUGAUGUGGCCUCUGAGGAUAAUGAUGGUCCUGCAGAGGAGAAAAGUGAGGACAUGAACAAUAGUGGGUCUGAUCAGAGCUCAGAGUGUGUGGAGCAAGAACAGCCCCUCAGCCUGGACACAGAGACAGAGGAGGUGAAAGAAGAGGAGCAGAACCAGACCCAGGCAGACACAGAGCAGAGUCAGCCCCCAGAGCAGCAGCAGGAGCGUCUGUGUGAGCACAUCCUACCCCCACGGGAGCAUACGUACCAGGCUUACAUGAAGAUCCAGGACAUCAGCCCUGUGCUCAGCAACAGGGUCAACCUGAGGGACCUGCAGGAGAGCAUAGAUACGCUCAUCGGAAACCUGGAGAGAGAGCUAAACAAGAACAAGCUCAAUGUGGGCUAUUAACUCAUAUAGUAUGUGCUCAUAUAACAGUAUGGGGACUGAUAUACUGCUCAUAUCAGCUCAGAGCUACAGACUGGACUCUGCUCUGCUGACAGUCUGGAGGAUAAAGCCACAGUGUUUCCAUGGAGACAGUCCUGGGACAGAGGCAGUGUGGUUCAGGAGAUGCUGCUACAAAAACAUGAGAAAGGCACUUCUAUAUUGGGCCCAUAGACAUUCCAAAAGUUCAUUCAGUGUGAGCUCCUCAUGUCUUUGUGGUGUAUGUGUGUUCAUGUUAUUGUUGCUCUUCUUAUUAGAAGAACCCAUUGACCCCUCAGGGGUUUAAAAGGUGCCUUAAUUGUGUGAAGGUGGUACGUCGGGAGGAAAAUCACCCUAAAACAUCACCAUCUCCUUUAACACCUAACUGAUUUUUUAACAACUAUAGUUAUGUAUAAGCUGUAUUGUUCAAUAUUGCAUCAAAUUUGAACCUAUACUGCAAAUCUAUUUCGUAAGCAUUUUACUAAAAUUGUAAGCAAUCCAAAAUAUUAUUAUCUCUCGUCACAGUGUUUUUAUAGUCACAUGUUUAGAGCAUAGAAAAUCUGCCCUGUUUUUCGUUUUUGUAAACAACUUGUGAUGGAACAGUCACGAGGAGAGUUGGUUUGUUGGGGUGAGUUUCCUCUGAAAGGCAGCAGAGCUUUUUCGUUAGUUAUGAAACAGUAAAUAAUGUUCAACAGUGAUGCACUUAUGAGGCAGUGUGGGUUAUCAUUAUGGCGGAAGUACAGGAGAACAGCUGCUGCCGUGACGCAGAUCUAUAACAUAAGAUUAUCUCACAAACCCCUGAAAAAACACCACAUUUCAGACACUAUUGCAUAAUGUUUAAACAGGAAGUGUCGAAUAAGACCAUACCUCUCUGUUAUGUAGACUCGCCUGUAGGGAUGGGACAAGAUGCCAUAAGAUCACACGAGACAAAAUUGCAACAAGAUUGUGCACACAUGCUCAGAAUGAUCUUGUGCAAUUUUUUUAACAUUUGGAUUAGAUAAAAAAAUAAAGUGCUGGUGAGUUAAAAUUUCUGAGAAGCUGUUGUCCCAAAAAGUAGCGCUACAAUGACAGCAGAAAUAUUAAAUAAAGUAAAUCAAAAAUGGUGAGGCUAAAACUGGUAACAACGCACAAUGUGUUCAUAAUAAUGUCAAAAUCUCGUCCUGUCUUGUUCUCGUAUAUCCAAUCCCGUGUUUCGUCUCGUCUUGUGGAAAUUGUAUCUCAUCCCAGCCCUACUGACCUGUUCUCCAGCUAUCAGCUUUUUGAACCAUCAAUCGCAAAUAAAUGUGAAGCACAAUUUAUUGGAGUUAUCUUGCUGCCUAAAAAAGACAUUUCAGCAAUCCAGGGAUUCAGAAUGAUCAGUAUUUAACCUAUAUGUAUAUGUACAUAGUUAUAUAUGUAUUUGGAGUAUAUAAUUUUUACAGCUUAUUAAUGCAAUUGUGUAUUUAAGUACCUCUGUUGACCUCGUAGUGUUAGUGUUAGCCGCUUUUUGCUCUGUUAAGCUACACGUAUGCCUGUAUUUCAGUGUGUUCAAGUACGCUAGCUGUAAAAUAAGUCACGCCCUUGCGGAAAAAAGUUGAUAUUUUUGUUAUUUUCUGUAUAUAUUCAAUGUCUUUUGUCGAUGGUGUUGUGAAAAAGGUACAGUAUGGAACCUUGCAUGGUCAAAAGCUUUACUGACGCAUAAGGCAACCUCUCUGCCUUUGUAAUUGAUAUUUAUAUGUAAAGAAAUACAUUUUUUAUUUUACUUUAUGUGUCUUGCAGUUAUUGGAAACAAAACAAAAAGAUUUUCUCCGACAUCAUAGCCAUUUCGUGUUGCUUUACGACAAUAUUUCAUUUUUUUUAAAAACCUGGUAAUGUAAUUUUUAAUGUGAAUUUUGUGUUAUUCAAUCAAAAAGCUAUACAUUCCACUGCUGCUUGGUCCCUUUGCAGAAGCUACACUUGUGUCCAUGUUGUGUCCUUUGUGUUCUCUGGAGAAUUAAAAAGCCACAUGGAAAUUGCAUUGCUAAACAUAAAACUGCUUUGUAUUGAUCUCGUACGGUCAUAAUAAAGUAUAUUAUUUUACAUUGAAA